AUGUACUCAAUCUCUGUGGUUAUGUGGUGCACCCCAGUACUUACAUCAACUCUCACAUUUGGCACUGUACUCUUAUUGGGUGUCUGGCUUGAUGCCGGGACAUUGUUCACAACCACAACCAUCUUCAACAAUUUGCGGGAUCCCAUCAGGACCUUCCCACAAUCUAUGAUUUCAAUUUCUCAAGCUAUGAUAUCUCUUGGGAGGUUGGACCGUUAUAUGAUGAGUAGGGAAUUGGUGGACGAUGCGGUGGAGAGAGACAAGGGCUGUGAUGGUAGAACUGCUGUGGAGGUUAAAAAUGGCGCGUUUAGCUGGGAUGAUGAAAGCAAAGAAGAGGAUUUGAAACACAUAAAUUUGAAUGUCAAUAAAGGGGAGCUAACGGCUAUUGUAGGAACAGUGGGAUCUGGAAAGUCUUCCCUUCUAGCCUCAAUUCUUGGUGAGAUGCACAAGUUAUCCGGAAAGGUAUGA